GCAUAGGCACUCGAGCCUUUGGAAACUGAGCGCUGAUACAAGUAAUUGUUUGACUGGUCAAACAACCUGAUGCAAGUAUAAAUACCCAUACGCCGUCACACUUUCUCAGACCUCCGAGUCAUGCACUAUUCUCCAUGCAUAAAUAUUUUCCUUUCCAUCCAGGCACAGGAAGGUGACACCGCCAGGAUCCUAGUUCACGAAACUCAACGGAAACUAACCGGAAUCUUCAUGCAGUCGAUCUGAGGAGUUUGUUGAAGAGAGCCAAUUUAUAGCUCACACCCAGAUCUACAAUUACGAAAUCUUUCGGUUUCCUCGAGGUUUCACGCACCCAACAUGGCACUAUUGAUUGCUGGAUCUGUCCACAAAGUAAAAUCUGAUCUGCUCGCCGAUCUGAAAGCUAAUCAGCCUUUCCUGAAAGACCACCAGCGAAACCCAAUAGGAACUAGUAUUCACGUCAACGGCGGUGAUCCAGUCUACCGCCGACCAAAACCAGCGAGGACUUCCUGUUCCGCGCAGCUGCGGGUGGAAGACGUUGGAGGAUUGAAGCGAAGGAGCAAGAACCCAGACAAGUCGCUUCUGAGCUUUCCUUCGGUAGACUUGGGGGAUACCAGCAGUGACGAGCGAGACCCUUUCGCAUUCCAAGACUACCAGUUCCUGUUCCGAUGCCAAAGGGAAGAGGUCAAUCCAGUCCCACUAGAAGUCGUGGAGGGUCAGCUGCCCGUCGAUCUCCAAGGAAAUUACUAUCUGCAAGGGCCGGGAAUCCUCUCGGACGACCAUGGAUCUCGAGUCUCCCCCUUGGACGGACAUGGCUACGUCCGCAAGUUUUCCUUCAAAGAGGGCAUACUGGAAUUCUCAGCCAAGUACGUGGGGACGGAAGCUUGCAAGCAAGAAUUUAACGAGGAGAAAAAAUCUUGGAAAUUCACCUAUCGAGGGCCAUUUUCUUUGCUAAAAAAGGGAGCGAGGUUGGGCAACAUGAAAGUAAUGAAGAACGUGGCCAACACGAGUGUGUUUGAGUGGGCCGGUAAGCUCAUGUGCCUGUACGAAGGCGGGCAGCCUUAUGAGAUGGAUCCAACAUCGCUCGAUACUGUGGGCCUUCUCAACAUGUGUCGAGACACGAAGAAUAUCGACGACCUCACUGCAUACCUGAGCUCCAAGGUCAAGAGGGCAACAGAGAAAGUGUGGGAUGCCGAGCUGCUUGUGAACACUGUGAAAAAAGCCUGGAUGGCAAUGGCGGCCACCGUGUUGCACCAUAUUCUGAGAGGCAUGUUCUCGAUGCCAGAAGAGCGAAUGCUAGCUCAUGUCAAGAUUGACAAGAAGCGGCAGAGGCUGAUAGCAAUCACGUUCCGUCCAGAAGACAUGCUGCUGCCCAAGAGCUCGCUAACUGUAUAUGAGUUCGACAGGUGCAUGAAUCUCUUGCAAAAGCUGCGGUUUACCAUCAAUGAUCACAUUAUGAUACACGACUGGAAUCUGACGGAGAAUCACUAUGUCAUCAUUGCAAACCGAGUGAAGCUUAAUUCUUUCAAUGAGCUUGGCGCUGCCAUGACUGGUUUUGCACCCAUGAUCAAUGCCAUUGCGCUGAACGACUCUCUGCCAUACACUCCCUUAUACCUGCUCCCGAGGACACCACCUUCAGAAAGCUCGAAGCCAGCCAGAAACUGGAGGGUUCCGAUCAGAAUUCCAAGACAAUUUUGGUUCAUCCAUGCCUCCAAUGCAUUCGAGGAAAAGACUUCUGAUGACAGAACACGAAUCCUCAUCGACGGAAGCGCAUCCUCGUAUCAGUGGUUCAAUUUUACUCGGAUGUUUGGUUAUAAUAGCGACAAAAAGAAAUUAGAUCCCAGCGUCAUGAACGAUGCUGAUGCCACCGAACCAGAAAUCGGGAAGAAAGCAGCUAUGCGUCUCAUGAGGACCACUGUCACUCUUCCAGGAGCCACGGAAGACAUCGACGCGGAGCCAGAAUGCGAUUUCCAGAACUUUAAGAACUGUCCCUGGUCCUGUGACUUCCCAUCCGUGAACCCUGCUCUGAUCACCGUCAAGCAUCGGUAUACGUACGUGGCGGCUGCUUCGGGCACGCGCAAAAGGCUCCAACACUUUCCAUUCGACACGGUUGCCAAAGUCAGUGGCCCCGAAGCCCAUGACUCCGUCUCCACCUGGUGGGCUGGAGAGCGAUCGUUCGUAGGAGAGCCCGUUUUCGUCAAAAGGCUCAACGCUCCCGAACCCGGAGAAGCAGGCUUUGUCGAGGACGCUGGCUACUUAAUCGUUGUGCAGCACUCGGCGAUGGAGGAACUUUGCUAUCUCGUCGUGCUAGAUGCUCAGCUCAUUGGGACAGAGGGAGCCUUGGUGGCUAGGCUGAGAGUUCCUAAGGCUUACACCUUUCCCAUGGGCUUCCAUUCGGCUUGGGAAGAUAGUUCACGUGGAGAUAGCAGCCUGAGACAGUGCAGUAGGCAGUGAAUCAUAUGCUUGCACCAUGUACAACAGAAUAAGAUACGUCGACCAACUGGCAGCGAGGCCGUCAAAGAGAGCUUGUAGCUUCCAAGUCCGGUGAAAGUAUUUAAGCUCUAGAGGAUUGUCGACAUGCCCCGAAGCUCACCUAGAAUUUGAUAUCGAGUAACGAAGCCGAGCGCAAAUUGUCAAGUCGAGUGCAGAGAACCACUCGACGAGAAAGAAAUCUAAAACGGCGAUGCGAGCUGAAGGUAGGCGCGGAUUCAAUAUCUUUGUACAAGGGGAUGCGGGCAUGCGCCUCGAUUAGACGGGAAAUCGAAGAAUCGGGAAUCACAGCGCGUUGUUGAGUUCCUUGCAGACAGCAACUCCAGGUAUCCGAUGUAUACAAGGAUAGGUCGUGAAGGUGUGAUCAUCUUAAUCAAUUCUAUUAUGGAGGUUGACUUCAGGAUGUCUGACGAAACCACAACCGUAAGGGCUACCGAAGGCUGUUACGAGAAGAAGAUUGACUGGUCGGUCCGGCCGUAUAGAGGAGUCCGGGUUGGUGCAUAUGAGGUCCGUGAGUCCAUGUUAGAGAUUAUGACGAUCUUAGAGCGGAAACAGCUCAGAGACCAGAGCUUCCCAAUACGCCAUAUAGAAGAGUUCUAUUUUUAGUGGUUGUCGGUAGAAUCCCCAGAGCCGGACUCCCAUAUUAGAUUCUCGUAAGUUUCAUCACGUAUGCUGAACCUCAAAGAGUUGCAUAAUUUCCGUAGAGACAAGCACCAUCGCUAAAAGGUCGAAUUUCUUCAGCAUAUUGCAGGAACGAAUCAGAAAAGUGACAAGGCAAGAUAAUCGAAGAUCAUAGCAAACCAAGCUUCUGUAUUGUGGAAUGUACAUACUCGUUAACGGAGACUGAAGAUAUCUAAUAAAUAAUAGUAUCGUAGUUUA